UGAGCUACAGAUACUUGGUACACUACUGGCAGUCGUUUUUCGCGUCACUCGCUCUUCUCCUUCCUUUCCACGCUCACUGGCAUCCUUUACAAUACACGAAUAUCAACGAUGACCACAGUCUCUUCUUCUUCGACUUCUCCAAGCUCCUCAGCAGCACCUAGUGUUUUCACCUCCGCAAUUGGGUGGACAUACCUCGUUCUCAACGCCUUAGACGUAUUGCUUGCUCUCCUGGUCAUUCUUCACAUAUUGGAGACCGGUUAUCGGAGUCGGAGAACUCGACGACUCAGUCUUCAGACCCGUGAGCUUUUUCUCAACCCUAGUGCCGACGUCACCGUCACCAUCAGAGAAGUAGGUGCAGCUGUUACAGUUGCCAGAAGGAUGCCUUUGGCAGUCUGCACUGGAGUUGCAAUUGGGGGAGUUGUCCGACUCGUUUUGGCUUCGAUACACAGUGAGUCCAUGACUUCAACUAUUCGAGGCCUGUUUUGGUGGACAAUUUGGCUUACGCCCAUCAUCGUUACCGUCUUCGCCAUGCACGCUCUCAUCAUCACCGUCGUCCAACAAUCCUUCGACCUUGACCGCCACAAUCUCGUACUUGUCUUUUUUUGCGCUGCUCUCUCGAUAGCUUCUUGGGCACCCUCGAAAUUUUGGCUCAUCCAUGGACGUACCGAUAGUGAAAUUGUUAAGACAUGGCCUGGUGUGUCGAGGAGAGUGGCCUUGGUCUCGUUGGCAUACUUUGCAGUAUUGUCGAUGAGCAUGAUUAUCGCAAUGAUAGGUGUCAGUUAUCAUUGCAGUCGACAAGACGUCCGACCCUCACAGACUGACAUGAAGCUUCCGAGACUGUCUGGAUCUGGGUUCGCUGCAGAAAAGGAACGAAGAGCAUUUGAGAACAGGAGAAACCACCAGAUUCGGUACUUGGAGAGGUUGGCUGCGAGAAGAGUUGUGUCGUGGUCUUUGACGCUGUUGGCGCAAUGUGUUGUGUUUUGUUCUACCGUGCGUUGUCUUGGGAGCCCUCGAAAUCCAGAAUAUCGUGCUCUCCGUGCUCGGAUUUACCGUAGUCAACCUGGGUGGAGUAUGUUCAGCAGGUUACUACUAUUAUUUGUACCGACAAGAUCUUGGUAUUGGUGCUCGGUUACAGACACUGUCGUCCUUGCCAGGAAGACCCCGUACGCCGUUAUCCUCAACCCUCCCCUUAACCACCACAUCUAGCCCACCGAGUAUUCGCAGACGAAUGCCUCCGAAAAUCAACAUCAUUCCGCCACCACCGAGUUACGCUGGGUCCUCUCGCUUCUCGGUCGACUCAGCCUACUCGUCACCUGAGUAUCCUCUCCUUCCGCCAUCACCAGCGUCACCACCAUCGCCUCAACUUACAAACUCGCCUUUAUCACCGCCGACUAUCAUGUUGUCUCCACCCUUACGGUCUCCAUCGAGGACGCCCACAUUGCCAAGAUUCUCGAAUUUAGGGUCCCUUUCUUUCCCACGACCAUCAGGUUCACCUCUCUCCCCGCGAUCACCUCGAACACCUAGGUUGAGAAUACCUCAUCCUACACCGUUGGAGUUAACAUCAGCAGAGCGUGAGGGAGAA